UCAUCUGAGUCAUUUCUUGAGUGCUUCCAAAACAAUCUUCUGGACAUUGGUGUUGACCCUCGCCCAUAUGGGACACACUCAUUCCGUCGUGGUGGGUGUCAGUAUCUUGCCAUGGUUCUCCGCUGGCUAUUCCGCAACAUUUGCACAUGGGGAGGAUGGGCUGAGAACUUCGACAACCCAGGCACGAUUUUUAAAUAUUUACUAUCCUGGACUGAUAGUCCAUUUGUCAAGCGUGAGUAUUACUUCAACCCUGAUCGUGCUCGAGAUGAUCCCUGCCCCAUAUGUGGUCGCACAUGUGCCUGUGCUUAG